AGAAAACGGAAUUCCAUUAUCUCGGAAUGACUUGUAUAAAUGCACAAGCAUAUUUCUUAUCGCAUGGACGACUUUUCAUAGUCAACCUAUUUCAAUUGUGUUUAUACAAAAGUCAGACAAAUAUGCAGACCAUCAAGGAUAAAAUAACCGAUCUAAACGCAACCCGUAAAGCCAGGUCUGAAGCUAAAAACGAGGAAAAGGCUGAGAAAGAAUUGGCAAAAUCUAGGGCUGAGGUGGCUCAUGAGAUAAGGCUAGCAAAAGAAGCAGAAGCUUCAAUGGAGGCGCAUGUUAACAAGGCAGUUGAAAAGGCUGCGCAACACGACGCUAAACAACAAAGCCAACAGACGAAUAAGGAUGUCCAAAACAGUCAGCAAGGUGCGGCAGAUAGUACCAAUCCUUCUGGUGGAAUGAAACACUCGAAUAUACCAGGACAUCUGUCCAAGUUUAUGUAGGUUAAGUCAAUCUUUAUCUUCGGACAUAGCUAGAAUAUAAAUAUACAACGGGGUUUUCUUUGGGCUUUGUCUUUAUCAAUCUUGAAUUUUUGUUCAACUUGGGGUUCCAUUAUUUUAUUGCCCUUCCAAUUUGCUUGUACAGAAAAAUUUAAAUAGAUAAACUUCCAUGCGU